GUGAAGUAUUGCUCAAUAGAGUGGGUGUACAGUUGCAAGUAUAUCUAUUACACACUUCGUGGAAAUGACGGGUUUGACUAUCCACAACAGAUGCAUACCUCAGAUCAGUUCUUGUCUUGCAUCAUCAUCUGAUUCUGAAGACAGUGCUUCCGUGGUCAAUAUGACAUUCAACAGACCUUGCACCAGAAGAUCAAACUCUUCAACUGGAGUCUCAUCAGAAGCUACAGAAGGAUUGUCUGCUGCAUUAUGGACAUCUUGGGAGUUGUUAAAUAGUUAUCCCAAAUUGCAUGCAUAUAAGUCCGAAUAUGGGGUUAAAAAAAAAAUUAACCAAACGAAGAAUUCGUCUCAUUCUUUGAAAGGAGCACGCAUCCAAAAUAAAACACAUCAAGAACUGUUGUCUGAAAAACCUGGUCCAUCAACAUCGAAUGAAAGUCAGCAAAUAUAUCCACUUGCAUCCGAAGAAAUCAAUAUGGAAGUAUCAAAUGCUACUGAUAAUGUUGUCGACCAAGUGAAUGAUUCUUCAACACAUGAUGUAGAUCCGGAGUCACAAAAUACACCUUCUUCUUCUCAUGAUGUAACUGAAAGAAGAGCAAGUCAUGAAGGAGUGGCAGAAUCAUUAUAUGAAAAUCCAAAUCAACCGUGUAGUUCAAAAGGUGUCAUACGAAAACAACAAAAAUCCACUCAAGUUCCACUAACCUCUGAAGGUGAAAAUGGCCAUCCAAUAUAUCACAAAACAGUUCGUUUGGCGAUCGCAAAGAGUAAGAAUCAAGAUCUGAAAAACAUGAAGUCGUUACUGCAGCAGUACACUCAUUCCUUUGGCAGAGACGUAAUAGACAACGGCAUAGCACUCCUCGACGCAAAGUUACCAGUGCACACAACAAUAGACCGACUGAAGACCUUCAAAAACUGGCCAAACAAACGAAUCGAACCGAAAAAACUAGCGGACGCAGGCUUUUUCUACUGCGGCCGAGCUGACAUAGUCGAGUGUUUCAAGUGUGGAAUCAAGGGUCACAAUUGGGUAGAAAACGACAGACCCAUGGAAGAUCACAUCAAAUGGAACAGUAACUGCCCUUUCGUAAGAGAAAACGCCACAGAACAAGACCUAUUACGGGUAAGACAGAGCCAGGACAUAUGCGGCAACAUCGGUAUGGAAAUUCUACCCAAUUCAAGACCCGAGGAUGACACCGAAAUGCUAAUAAACCAGAACCAAAUCAUAAACUUGAGGUCAGAGUCCAGUCUGGCAGAAUUGGGCAUAGAAAAGACCAAAGGACCCAGACAUCUGGAUCAGAUAAUCUUGGAGACCAGACUGGCAACUUUUGAAAACUGGCCUAAAGCAAUGAAACAGAAACCCAUAGACCUGGCUGCUGCAGGUUUUUACUAUUUAGGCGUCGGAGACCAGGUCAUGUGCUUCUAUUGUGGGGGAGGUUUAAAAGACUGGGUUGAACAAGACGAUCCCUGGGAACAACAUGCAUUGUGGUACCCCGAAUGCAAUUACCUUUUAUUGAAGAAAACCCCAGCCUUUGUCGAAGAUAUUCAGAAAAAACGAAUAGCUAAUAAAGUUGAAAAAGAAGAAGAAUCACAUAAAAAAGAAGGAGAAUCAUGUAAAAAAGAAGAAGAAUCUUGUAUAAAGGAAAAUGAGAUUGAAGCGUGUUGUAGCUCUAAUAGUGACACCAAAGAAACUCCUAGCAAUCCUAUCACAAUUGUAGAGGAGAGAAAAUCUGAAGAACGUAUGCCAGUGUGCAAAAUUUGUUAUACAAACAAUGCGGCAAUUUUGUUUUUGCCAUGUGGACAUUUGGUUUCUUGUGCAGAUUGUGCGUCAGCCUUGAAAAAGUGUGCAGUAUGCCGUCAGGACAUUAAGGCAGUGGCGCGGGCAUUCCUUUCGUAGUGUAUAAAUAAAAUGUGUAUAUUAUU